AUGCCAGCCGGGCCCGCGGGGUGGCCGCGUCUGAAGCCCUGCUUACGGAGCCCUGGUGCUGGGAGUCGCUACCCCCUCUUGCCCGCCUCCCCCAACGGCAGGAGAAAGCCUGUGAACGCAGUCCUCCCCCCCAGCGGGGCUGCCGCGGCUCGGCCACACCACACGGCCAGCCGUCACCCGCACGGAGGGCUUUACCCCUCGCUGUCCCCUCUGGCUCCAGAUGCUGCAGCAGACGCAAGUGCUUCCUCCCCUUUCAGUGGGCGGGGACGGAAGCUGGGAGAACUGCAUGGCUCAGAGGCAGUCACCGAGUGGGCAGCAGAGGCCACGGGUCAGGUCUCAAGCCGGGCAGGGGCGGGGGCAGGACGGGGGACAGUUGACCGCAGCUCAGCAGGCUCUCUCCCCAUGUGUCCAACCCUCCGCAGGGGCCUCAGAUGCUGCGCCAUGAGGAGGGACAACCAGAGCCUCCCGGAGCGGCGCCCCGAGGACUUCAUCCUGCUGGGCGUCUCCGACCGCCCGUGGCUGGAGCUGCCCCUCUUCGCGGUGCUCCUGGUGUCCUACGUCCUGGCCAUGCUGGGGAACAUCUCCAUCAUCCUGGUGUCCCGGCUGGACCCCCGCCUCGGCAGCCCCAUGUACGUCUUCCUCAGCCACCUGUCCUUCCUGGACCUCUGCUACACCACCACCACGGUGCCGCAGAUACUAGUCAACACGGGCACGGCCCGCAAGACCAUCAGCUUCGGCGGCUGCUCCGUGCAGUACGCCGUCUUCCACUGGCUGGGCUGCACGGAGUGCGUGGUGCUGGCCGCCAUGGCCCUGGACCGCUACGUGGCCAUCUGCCAGCCCCUGCGCUACGCCCUCAUCAUGCACGGCGCGCUCUGCCGGCGCCUGGUGGCCCUGGCCUGGCUCAGCGGCUUCGGCAACUCCCUGGUGCAGGUGGCGCUGACGGUGCGGCUGCCCUUCUGCGGGCGGCGGGUGCUGAACAACUUCUUCUGUGAGGUGCCGGCCAUGAUCAAGCUGUCCUGUGCGGACACCACCCUGAACGACGCCACGCUGGCGGUGCUGGUGGCCUUCUUCGUGCUGGUGCCCCUGGCCCUCAUCCUGCUGUCCUACGGCCUCAUCGCCCGCGCCGUGCUCAGGGUCCGGGCCUCCUCGGGCCGGCACAAGGCCCUGGGGACCUGCUCGUCCCACCUGGCCGUGGUGUCCCUCUUCUACCUGCCCGCCAUCUACAUGUACCUGCAGCCCCCCUCCCGCUACUCGCAGGAGCAGGGCAAGUUCGUGUCCCUGUUCUACUCCAUCAUCACCCCCACGCUCAACCCCUUCAUCUACACGCUGAGGAACAAGGACGUGAAGGGCGCCCUCUGGAGGCUCCUGGCCCAGACCUGCAGGCCGUGCGGGGUCUGAGCGUCCCGCUGUGGCCCUCAUCGCCAUGGAUAUCUCACAGGGAGUGUGUGUUCCACAGCACUGGCACCAGGGAGUUCCCAGCCACACAGUAAGGACCUGGGGAGCUGGGGGCCCCAAAUCCCCACCUCUCUCUCCCAAGAGCCCACCGCGCCCAAAAGCCCCGUCUACACAUAAGGUCGGUCCCAAGGGCGUGACGCUGAGACCCGGUGUCCUCAAGAACUGCCCAAACGGCGCUG